AUGCUUAUUACAAAUAUGAUCGAUCAAGUUGUAAGAAUAUGUACUUUGAUUUGGUUGUCAUUGUGUUGUUUAACCACGAUCGCGUUUUUCGAUGAAAUUAGUCGACUUAACAGAGACUUGUAUUUCGGAGUAUCAGGUGAGAAUGAAACAGUAUCGUUACUUCCUAAUUUCAAGGAUAAGAGAAGUACAAAUCAGAAUACAGUAAAUGCUAGUUUGGAAAAUAUCGAGAAGACAUUCAGGAAGAAAGCUGAUAUUUUAUCGCGACUUUUAAAAACUCAUAUUGACCAUUUGAGAAAUGAAACUGAUAAGGUGGAAUUAGUGUUUCUGGUCGAUGCUUCAGGAUCAGUUGGUUUAAAGAAUUUCCACAGUGAAUUGAAUUUUGUAAAACAUCUUUUGUCCGAUUUUUCCGUGGAUCGUUUUGCAACAAGAGUCGCAGUCGUAACAUUUGGUGGAAAAAGAAACAUUAAACGGACUGUCGAUCAAAUAUCUCGUACCAGUGAAAAUGAUAACAAAUGUUAUUUGUUAAACAAACAGUUGAAUAAUAUUAGUUACACUGGUGGUGGAACGUACACGCGUGGUGCACUUUUGGAAGCCCUUAGAAUUCUUGAGAAAAGUCGAUUGGAUGCAAAAAAGGCAGUGUUCCUUAUAACUGAUGGAUUCAGCAAUGGUGGUGAUCCACGACCUGCAGCGAGCCUUCUGAAAGGCGCAGGUGCUACGAUAUUUACAUUUGGGAUAAGAACAGGAAAUGUCAACGAGUUGUACGACAUAGCCAGCAUUCCAGGGGACACAUAUAGCUAUUUUCUCGACAGUUUUACGGAAUUUGAGGCUUUGGUACGACGAGCUUUACAUCGUGAUUUGAAAACAGGCAAAUACGUACCAGUGAAGUUGCCAGAUAAUUGUAAUCUCUUAUGCAGGAAUAUCAGCAAAGUCGGAACCGAGCAAAAUUGUUGCGAUAAUUUCGCCACGUGCGCCUGUGGCAUGGUGACUGGUCAUUACGCUUGUAUUUGCCCCACAGGAUAUUUUGGCUCUGGUUUCAGAGGUUCUUGUCAUCCUUGUCCUAAUGGCACAUAUGCAUCUAGAGAAAUUUCCGGUGAUUUUACGUCCAUGUGUAUAUCGUGUCCUGAUGCGAAUCACGUGACUAUUAGAGUACCGGCAACGUCUGUGGAUCAUUGCGUUUGCGCUUCUGGAUUUGUAACAGACGGAAAUAAAUGCGAGGUCAUAACAUGUCCGAAAUUGAAAGUACCGGAAAAUGGAUAUUUGGUAAAAGCAAGUGCGUGCAGCAACGUUGUUCAUGCAGCUUGUGGUAUAAGGUGCAGAAUCGGUUUCUAUCUCACAGGCGAUAGUAUUCGACUUUGUGGGAAAGAUGGCAAUUGGUCUGGAAACGAACCAAAAUGUUUGCUGAAGACUUGCCCCGCACUUCGAAUUCCUACGCAUGGGCGCAUGCGCUGUCAAAACGAUGAAGAUCAGCGUUUGAUUACAGAAGACACGACAACUUAUCCGAUCGACGCACGUUGUCAAUUCAAAUGCGAAAUCGGUUAUCAACUUCGUGGAAGUAAAAUUCGCAAUUGUUUACCCUUGUCUCAAUGGGAUGGUCUCAAAGCUACUUGUAAAGCAAUAAAAUGUGAACCUUUGAAACAAAUUAUGAAUGGACAAAUUUUUCCGGAAUAUUGUUCUGGUCCAAAUAAGGUGACGUUUGCAACAAAUUGUACUGUAUUAUGCAACGAGGGUUUUGUGCUCGAAGGUCCGCGCUUUAGAUACUGUGGCGGCCGUGCUGGCGUUUGGACACAACGCCGAACAGUUAAUCGUUGCAUAGAUAAAAUACCACCCUCGAUUACUUGUCCAUCCGACAUUAUUACGAAGAACCUGCCAGGAAAAAAAUAUACAUAUGUAAACUGGACAAUGCCGAACGUAACUGAUAAUGUAGAUAAAUCGCCCAUAUUGUGGAGUAAACCGUAUAUUACAUUUCCAUGGAAAGUAAAAAUUGGAGUACGUACAGUGGUGUAUGUAGCACAAGAUUCAUCAGGAAAUAAAGCUAGGUGCAAAUUUAAAAUUAAGGUUCUCGAUACAGAACCACCAAUGAUUGAGAAUUGCAUAGAUCCUCCUAUAUUUUUUACCGAUAAUGGAGUGGGAAUAAAUAAUGUAAGUUGGGAUGAACCUGGUUUUCACGAUAAUUCUAAAUCACCUGUACAGGUAGAGCAAAAUUAUUUUCCGGGAGAAAACACAUUUCCUAUCGGAUUAACCCAAGUAAUCUAUAAUGCCAUCGACAAAUAUGAUAAUAAAGCAUCAUGCAUUCUAAAUGUUACUAUAAAAGAUGUCUGUAAAGAAGUUCCAAAGGUAUUAAAUGGUUACUCAAAAUGUCCAUCAUCAAUAAACGAAACAAAUGAAUGUUCCAUAAGUUGCGAAGAAGGAUAUGGAUUCGCUACUGAAGAAUCAAAUCUUCGAGUCAUGGAAGAUAUAUUGUUAUUAAAAUGUAAUGAAAAUUUAUCUAAUUGGUUUGAAGAUAAUUAUUUUCCUGAUUGCUCUGAGUCAAUACUUCCCAAAAGCGCAUCCCAAGAAGGAAGUAUUAUAUUAGAAGGAAAUGCAACAAAUGUUUGCGAUAAUCAAACAACCCUCCGCGAACUGAGCGAAUAUAUUACUGCCGAUUUAAGAUCGACGUUGCUCGACAUCUGUGGAAAUGAUAUCGAAUGCAAUCUCAUUACCUUUGAUCCUGAAUGCGAAAUUAUUCCAUCGCCAAAUACGAUUUAUUCCGAUGUAAUAAGAAAACGAAGAGAAUUUAACUAUGACGAUACUUGUACUUUUAAAUUAUUCAUAAGUAACAAAAUGAUAACGAAUGAUGUUAAUAAAAAAUCUAAACGAGAUGCUAAAGUUAAUGAUCAUAGAAACAAAACGAAAAUGCGAAAGAAAAAAGAGAAAAUAGAAAUAAAAUUCAAGUUCUUAGGAAAAAUAAUCGAAGAAUACAUCGAAAAUCCACGGGAAGGAAUUCUAAAAUUGAGACAGAAGAUAGAAGCGUUGUCACGAUCUGGAAAAUUGAAUUUGCUAAAUAAUAAAACAAAUCAAGAAAUUGCGAAACUUGCAUUAAAUUUACAUCUCGUGUUUAAGAAUUUUGAGGAACUUUGCGACCCAGGAAGCGUUUUAAAGAAACAUACUUGCAUAAAAUGUCCAUUGGGUACUUUCUUCAAUGCCUCAACUAAGCGAUGUCAAUCAUGCCCUCUUGGAGAAUACGAAGACACAACUGGAUCUGUAAAAUGCAAAUAUUGCCCUGAACACACCUCAACGAAAAAAAUUCAUUCGAAAUCUAUACGAGAUUGUAUAAAUUUAUGCAGACCAGGAUAUUAUUCUCGAAAGAAGCGUUAUCAAAAUACACGUCUUGCUGUUGAACCUUGCAUAAUGUGCGAUAUUGGAUUCUAUCAACCAGAAUAUGGACAAACACAUUGUCUUUCAUGUCCAUUUAAUACUACUACCAAAAAUCAUGGAACUAACGAUGUACAUGAUUGUCUACCUUCUUAUAAAAUUGAAACAAAUAUUUGCGACAUAAAAUCGUGUUUGAAUGGUGGACAAUGUACAGAAGAGGAAGACAGUUUCAGUUGCGAAUGUCCUGAGUACUACAUCGGUUCAAAAUGUGAAACAUUUCGAAAUCCGUGUGGUUCUUCGCCCUGCAUAAAUGAAGGUACUUGUAACGUACAAAGUUUUAUAAAUAAUACAGUUUUAUAUACUUGUACGUGCAAAAAUGGAUAUUCAGGUAGUAAUUGUGAGCAAUACAUUGAUGAAUGUACCAUUAAUCCAUGUCAAAACAAUGGUACAUGCAUGAGCACAGAAAAUGACUAUGUCUGCGAGUGCAAGAAUGGCUUCGAAGGUGAAUUUUGUGAAAUUGCUGUGGAUCGUUGUCAUCCUUCGCCUUGUAUGGAAGGAUCUACUUGUCAGAACAUUGAUGGGACCUGGCAGUGCUUUUGCAAACCUGGUUUUCUCGGUCGCUAUUGUAAUUUAUUGCCUUGUGAUUGGUUACCGUGCAAUGAAAACUCGUAUUGCAUAAAUAUAGAAGAAGAAAAUGCAACAAAAUUAAGUUACAGAUGCGAAUGUAUAAAUGGUUAUACUGGAGAAAAUUGUAGCAUAAAACAGGAUCACUGUGAGAGCCAUCCAUGUUUGAAUAAUGGAAAUUGUGUUAAUAACAUUUUUAAUUAUACGUGCAUAUGCCCUAUCUUAUUCACAGGACGUCAUUGCGAGACUGGAAAGUAUAAACUAUCAUCUGAUUAUACGAUACAUUUUACGAAAUCGGGAACUACUGAUUAUAUCAGUAUGAAAGGUCCUACGACGAAUCUUUCAAAGUUAAGUACAUGUUUAUGGCUACAAUCGAAAGAUACGUUUAAUUAUGGCACUGUGUUAUCUUAUGCGACACGUUAUUACGAUAAUGCAUUCACUUUGACUGAUUAUAAUGGGCUGGUUAUAUAUCUCAAUGGUGAGAAAAUAAUAACUGAUAUUAAAGUAAACGAUGGUCAUUGGCAUUUCGUUUGCUUUACCUGGGAAGCAGAAAAUGGCUCCUGGAAUAUAUUUAUCGACGGCCUUUUGAGAGACAAUGGAACCCAAUUGGCGAAAGGAACUUCUAUUCAAGGUAAUGGAACUCUCAUAAUUGGACAAGAACAAGAUCGCGUCGGAGGAGGAUUUUCGGAGUCAGAGUCCUUUUUGGGAAAAUUGACAUUACUGGAUGUUUGGAGCACAAUUUUAGUAGCAAAAGAUGUCAAACAUUUAUUCAAUACAUGUCAAAAAUACCAUGGUGAUGUAAUUGCAUGGUCGCAGAUCCAAGAAUAUGUUCAUGGUGACGUAGCGAUAUUAAGCACUUCAUUUUGCCGUGGUUGCCCCUUACCCGUCAUACCAUUUAAAGGUAACAUAAACAUCAGUGAAGACGCAUCAAACAUCACUUAUUAUUGUGAUGAUGGUUAUGUAGUGCGAUUUCGUAAUAAAGAAUAUCGAUCUUUAAAAGUAAAAUGUCUUAAGCACGGACAAUGGGAAGGAUACUACACACCCAUUUGCACCAGAAGAAAAUGCGGUUUCCCGGGAUAUUUUCCACGAGGUCGUAUACAUGGUAGGUCAUAUUUAUACGGAGAUGAAGUACAUUAUUUCUGCUUAACUGGUUAUGAACUUCGAGGAAAUCCUCGUAGAAUCUGUAAUGCCGAUGGGAAAUGGAAUGGAUUACCUCCAGUUUGUAUAGGAAAAACGUGCAAGAAUUUACUGGCUCCAGAACACGGAGAUAUCGAGUACGUGUUAGAAGAAUAUGAAAGAGAUGAUCUUUCAAUUCUACAGGUAGGGCAACAAAUCGAAUUCAAAUGCGAUGUCGGAUUUCGUUUAAUAGGAGAAAAAUUUUUAACAUGUUUGGAAUCAGGACUAUGGGAUCAUGAAAGACCUACAUGUAUAACUUAUGGAUGUUCAGCACCAAAAGAGAUUAAGAAUGGCUAUAUAGUUUCUGUAAGUUCAAAUAAUCUCCAGGGAACUUUCAGUACAAAAUUUAAUCUACAAACGAUUAAUAAUACCUUCGAAAAAAACUAUGAGUUUAAUGAUAUUAUUGGAUACUCCUGCUAUCCAGGAUAUAAGUUUCAAAGCAACCAUAAUUUGUUAAGUCAAUUUAAACUUCAAUGUUCAGAAAAUGGUACUUGGAUCGGAUUUGUUCCUGAUUGUAUACCUUUCAAGUGUCCAUGGCCUAACAUUAUAAAUAAUGGCAAAUUAUUAUUUAAAACACAAAAUAAUUACACUAUUGAACUUACGAAAAUAAAAACGACGUCUAAUUAUACGAAUACAGAAAUUACAUCAGAAGAAAGUGAUGAUGAUGCCAAAGAAGAACAAAAUUUGGAAGAUGAGUUCACGAUUGGCGCUCAAAUUUUAGUACAAUGUGAUAUAGGAUAUAAAGUCAUCGGUGAUAGCGUGAGAAUUUGUACAGAAAAUGGACAAUGGUCAUCUACGUUAUCGUCCUGCGAACUUCAAGAAUGCCCAAUCUUAAAUCAUCCAUUUUUUCAUGUCCUUAAUGAAAAAACAAAUCCAAAUUCUACUAAAACAAUAUUUUAUAAAACAAAUUCUACUAUGUGGAAAGAUGAUCAAAAUAAAAAAUUGGAUAGUAAAAUACCAUUUAAUGGCACUUAUAAAAAUUUAGAAUACUUUGUUGAAGGCUAUACUUACAUGGGAAAGAUAAUUCUUAAAUGUAUUAGCACUGGUGAGAUUAAAUUAAAUAAUACAGGUAAUCAUAAUUCUACUUCAGAUUUAACUUGGUUUUGUAAUGAACAUGGGAAAUGGGAAAUAGUUGAUACACAAUUAAAUAAUACUAUCGUUGACCUUUUAUUUAAUAAUGACUUGGAUAAUAUUUGUCAAGAAUUUAUGUGCAGUAUAAUCACAGUCCCAGACUACAGUUACAUUGUGGAAAAGAAUUAUUCAAGAACUGUUAAUAGUACCAUAACAUUCAAAUGCCACCAAGGCUAUAUUCUGGAAGGUAAUGAACGAUCCGUUUGCUUUCCAAAUAAUACUUGGUCUACUAUUCCUUCUUGUAAACCUAUAAUAUGUGGAAAACCACCUAAAAUUGCAAAUGCUCUGUUGAAAGGAGAUCAAACUGAAACAGUAAAUUUUACAUUUGGUAGUACAGUUGCUUACGAAUGCAUGCCUGGGUACUUAAUGUUGGGUCAACCAAAUACAAGAUGUCUGACAAAUGGGAAAUGGUCUAGAAUAUAUAGCAGAUGUUCAAAACUUUCGUGUAAUAAACCAAAACUACCAUUUGGAGUAACAAUUCGUGGACGUUCUUAUUUGUAUAAAGAUCAAUUGACAUAUGUGUGUCCUGAUGGUAAAAAACAAGGACUAAUUACAUGUAAGGCUGAUGGAUAUUGGAGCGAUCCACCGAAUUGUAAUGACAAUUAA